AUGAGCAUGAGCAUGAGCAAUCCACUGGAGCCGUCGAAAAAGAUAUUUGACCUGUCAGACCUCGCUAUUUUCGAAAAGACCAUUGCAUUUCACAAUUUACAACAAUCGCUACAAGAAAUUGUGCUCUUGGUCCAAGGCAAGGAAGUUCCGCCAAACACACUCGAUAUAUCCCUCAUAACACGAAGUAAGGACCCCAAAUCACAGCAUGAAAUUCAGCAACCACCACCACCUCCUCCUUCUUCUCCUCCACCGUCAUUACCCCUUCAACAACAAGCAGACACUAGCUCCCUUGAUCAGCACCUGGGGCAUCCCUCGCCCAUAGUCGUCAAGAUCCUCAGCAUCCUCCACCGCUUAAACAAGCUAAUCGACGAAUGUCCACCAGUGCAAGGACCCACGCGAUUCGGCAACGUCGCAUUCCGAACAUGGCACGAGAAAGCCCAUCCAAUAAUCUCAUCCUCCGUGUCGCAAAUCCCCACAUCGUCACCCGAGAUCACCAUCGAGACCAACUACUACCUCGCCAACGCAUUCGGCUCCGCCAUGCGAUUAGACUACGGCACGGGACACGAACUCUCAUUCUUUGCGUUUCUAGCCGGCUUAAUGCGCUCAAACAUCAUCCACCCAACGGGGGAAGAGCUACUCAUGAUGUUUGCGCGAUACUACGACUUGGCACGUCGAUUAAUCACGGUGUACAAUUUAGAGCCCGCGGGUUCGCAUGGUGUAUGGGGCCUAGAUGACCAUUUCCACUUGAUAUACAUCUUGGGUGCGUCGCAAUUCUGCGAUGAUCCAACUGGACAAGUGCCGCUGGUGCGCACCGCGUUGAGCAGCCUGAAUUUGACCAUGUACAAGUCAAGUAAUCUAUACACUAAUGCCGUGGCAUUUAUCUUCAAGUUGAAAAGCGGGCCUUUCCAUGAACAUAGUCCCGUGAUCAGCGACAUCCACGCGAAUGUGUUGCUGUGGAAGAAAGUGAGACAGGGGUUGAUGAAGAUGUACAUGGUUGAGGUGUUUGGCAAGUUUCCUGUGAUUCAACAUUUUUGGUUUGGCCAGGUCUUGUAUCCUUGGAGAGACGCGCGCACUAAGGAACCGUUGCCUGUGCAUCAACGGGAUGAAGUUGAUUCUGGUGAUGUUAAAAGGAGCUCAAAGCCAAUGCCGUCAACGAGAGCACCUUGGGCGAACGCAAGUGUACGAGAUUCGACAUUUACGCAGCGGAGAUGA